AUGAAACAACGCUUCUCAUCCCUCGACGUCAAGGUCAUUGCGAAUGAACUAUCGACUUCCCUCACUGGCCUCCGUCUCUCAAACGUCUAUGAUCUUUCCAGUCGAAUUUUCUUGUUCAAAUUCGCCAAACCGGGCAAGCGGGAACAACUCCUCCUUGACUCGGGCUUUCGCUGCCACUUGACCUCCUUCUCGAGAACCGCAGCCACUCAGCCAUCCGCCUUCGUUAGCAGACUACGCCAUUACCUCAAGAGCAAACGUGUCACCGGCGUCGCCCAGGUCGGCACCGACCGAGUAAUAGAGAUCCUCUUCAGCGACGGGCUGUAUCGCUUGUUCUUAGAAUUCUUUGCUGCGGGAAACAUCGUCGUCACAGAUGCGGAUCUCAACGUCCUCGCGCUUCAGCGACAGGUCAAUGAGGGAGAUGCAGAUGUGGACGUUAAAUUGGGUGGGAAGUACACCCUUGAGCCGAAACAGAACUUCCAUGGCGUUCCUCCCAUAUCAGAAGAAAGAGUCAAGGAAGUUCUUCAGAAGGCAGUCGAACGUUCGAAAGCGGCAAAAGAGGUGGGUGGCAAGAAGGCGAAACGAGCAAAGGGAGUCGACGAUCUGGGAAAGGCUCUGAGUGCCGGCUUUCCUGAGUUUCCUCAACACUUGCUCGAGCAUGCGUUUAGACAGGCCGGCGUCGAUACAACAUUGAAGGCGGAUGAUGUAUUGGGCGACCAGGAGUCCCUGCGGUCAGUCAUGUCUGCAUUGGCGAUCGCAGAUCAAAUUUUCAAGUCCCUGGAAGCUGGACAAUCAAAAGGUUAUAUUAUUGCGAAGCAGAAAUCCCCCCCAUCGGGCGACGCAGAGUCUCCAGGCGCACAAGAACCAACGAGAGAGUCCUUUCUCUAUGACGAUUUUCAUCCAUUUCGGCCAAGCCAAUUCGAGAACAGGCCCGGCAUUCACAUUCUCGAAUUCGACGGCUUCAACCGUACGGUUGACGAGUUUUAUUCGUCCAUCGAAUCACAGAAGCUGGAAUCUCGAUUGACGGAGCGGGAGGAGAUGGCGAAACGGAAAUUGCAAGUUGCGAAAGAUGAGCACGAAAAGAGGUUGAUGGGCCUCCAACAGGUGCAGGAAUUGCAUGUCCGGAAGGCUCAAGCCAUCGAGGCGAACACUCACCGCGUGGAAGAAGCUUGCGCUGCUGUCAACGGUCUGAUCGCGCAAGGCAUGGACUGGGUAGAUAUUGGGAAGCUGAUCGAAAAUGAACAGCAGAGAGGUAAUGUUGUGGCUCAAAUGGUCAAGCUGCCCCUCAAGUUGGAGGAGAAUACGGUGACUCUCCUGCUUGACGAGCCGGGCUUCGACGAAGGCUACGAGAGUGACGAAGACGAUGAAACUGAUGAGGAGGUUGAGUCUGACGAGGAGGCUGAGGAGACUCCAGGUAGAGGAGGAACGUCAACAGAUAAAAGGCUGGCCAUUGAUAUCGACCUUGCACUGUCACCUUGGGCAAACGCACGCCAGUACUACGACCAGAAAAAGUCUGCAGCAGUCAAAGAGAAAAAGACCGUGGAGGCAUCCGCAAAGGCUCUCAAGUCUGCUGAGCAGAAGAUAGAUGCAGAUCUCAAGAAAGGCUUGAAGCAAGAGAAGGCUGUCUUGAGACCGGCAAGGAAACAAUUCUGGUUCGAAAAAUUCUUAUAUUUCAUCUCGAGUGACGGAUAUCUCGUUAUUGGGGGCAAGGAUGCCCAACAGAACGAGCUUCUCUACAGGAGAUAUUUGAAGAAAGGCGAUGUCUACGUGCAUGCCGACUUGCAAGGAGCGUCAAGUGUGAUUGUGAAGAACAAUCCACGAACGCCGGAUGCACCAAUUCCACCUUCCACUCUUUCUCAAGCCGGGACCUUGACGGUCUGCACGAGCAGUGCCUGGGACUCGAAAGCGUUGAUGGGGGCCUGGUGGGUCAAUGCAGACCAGGUCAGCAAGACGGCUCCAACUGGUGAAUACCUCGUUACUGGUGGAUUCGUUAUCCGAGGACAUAAGAAUCAAUUAGCGCCGAGUCAAUUGCUCCUUGGGUUUGGGGUUCUCUGGUUGAUUAGCGAGGAGAGCAGAGUCAAUCAUGGCAAGCAUCGCUUAGAAAGGACGGAGAGCAUGCUUCCAGGUGAGGCAGAAGCCUUAGCUAACGAUGUGAGAGGUUUGUCUAUUGAAAAUGAAGAUGUUUCAGAAGAGGCGGGUUCAGAUCACGGACAAGCAGUACCGGAUGUCGAAGAUGCUGCUGACGCUGCUGUGGAAGAAGAGGAGGACGACGACCAUGGAGCAGCCUUGGAUCAGGCAGUCGAACAACCAGGCCACGGCGAUGGCGACGGUGACGGUGACGAGCAUGACUCUGAAGAGGCAGAAGAGGCAGAGGAGGCAGAGGAAGAAAGGUCGAAUCCCCUACAAGUCAAUCCAGCUCCCUCUCAUCAAGGUACAAAGGAGGACGACUUCGACAUGCCCUCAAUUGAAAUCGAAGAAGACGGGACAAAAGAGCAGCCUUCAGAUGAAGCCUCGCACGGAGAAGAAGAGUCCGAAGACAUUCCACCAACGCAGCCAUCUACAGGGGCCUCGACGCCGGCAUCCUCGUCACAGCAGGCCACCGCGAAGUCCAAAUCUACACAGCUCGCCCGUGGGAAACGCAGCAAACUCAAACGCGCCCAAAAGAAAUACGCCGACCAAGACGAGGAAGACCGUGCCCUGGCGAUGCAGCUCCUCGGAUCGAACCGCACACAACAACGCAAAGAAGAAGCUGAAGCGGAAAGGGCCGCCCGUGAAGCCAAGGCUCAAGCAGACAAGGAACGACGAAGGGCACAACAUGCGAAAGCGGCGGAGAAGGAACGCCUACGUCGGGAAAGGCUCGAAAAGGCGGCCGCCAAUGGCGGAGCAGGUGCGGCCGACUUGGACGAGGACGACGAAUUGAGCAAGGAGCAAUUGGAGCAGGAGCGGCGCGAAUUGUUGGACAUUGACCGGCUCGUCCCCAUGCCGGAACCGGGCGACGAGCUCCUCGCAGCCAUCCCCGUCGUGGCGCCUUGGACGGCCCUAACCCGCCAGAAGUACAAGAUCAAAUUACAGCCCGGCAACGUCAAAAAGGGCAAAGUGGUUCGAGAGAUUCUGGGUUUCUGGACCUCUCUCGCCGCGAGGGGGCCCAAGGUCGUCGACGAGCAGAGUCGCGAAAAGGAAAAAGUCUGGCGUCGUGAGCUGGACUUACUCAAAGAGUGGAGGGUCGAAGAAAUCGUCGGGGCCCUGCCCGUCAAGGGAUGUCGGAUUGUCCAGAGUGGUGGACUGGGAGGCGGGCUGGGAGGUGGGAGUGCUGGUGGUGGUGGCGGAGGUAAAGGCGGUGGUGGGAAGGGCAAGGGAAAGGCAGGGGGAGGUGGGAAGAAGGGAAGAUAG